GGUUUGGUGAAGGGGUAGUUGAGAUCCUUUUUCACGAUAGCAUUUGUAGGGCUACUGACAAGUGUUUGGCCAAUUUAUCUUUGCUUCCAAUUCUGGAAAGCCAAAUGCUAUCAGCUUAGCUCUCUUCCUUCCCCAUUCUCCUUCCCAUUAACAAUCAAGAGUCAAGACAAGCUACGAGAAGAGGAAACAUAGAGAAAGACUGGAAGCAAAUAGUAGUAUAUUAUUUGUAAUAUUGUAAUCCUGACAGAAAAUGGCAAGCCCUGGAGACGCAUUUCCGGCUGCUGACGCUGAAAAGGAGUUAAACCCAGGAGAAAACAAGAAUUUCGAGGUCGAUCCCGUCUCCUCAGAAGUUGCUACCUCUUUGCAGAUUAAGGAACAAAUUGAAGCAGCAGAGAAAAAGGAAAAUGAGAAGAAAGAUGCAUUGGAUAAAUUUAAAUCAGCUAUCCUUGUUUCAGGAAUUGUUUGUAGCUCUGGCUGGAGCUGUGGAUAUGAAUUUAGAGAUUAG